AUGGCAUCAUCUGCCAGUACUGCUGCUGCUCUUCCGCCCACGACCUCCGACCAAAACGAAGGCGCUCCACCGGCAGCCGCGCCAGAUUCAUCUUCUGCUGUAGGAGGUGCGGGCACGACUGAGGACAAGCCGAAAGCUAUCCUGAGGAAAAACGUCCCCACCCCAUAGUCAAGAUGUGAAACUUGCUAGACAGAUCAACAAGCCUUGGUUGUUGCGCAUGACAAAUUUGGGCGCGCAGUGCAGUCGUGUUUCACCACUGCAGCAGCAUCACAGAUCUUGCAUAUCGUGCUGAUUCUUGCGUCACAAAUCACAAAACACCACUAGAGCGUGCUUCUCAUGGGUCUCCGCAUGAGAAUCGCUUUGAGGAUGCAGAUUCGCAUUACAGCUCUGGGGUGGGGACGUUUUUGCAUAGGAUAACAGCCAAGGUUGUCGAGGUGGAAAUCGCCACCACCAACCGGUUAUGGAUUGCAAAUAUGUGUGGGUCUGGAAAAAUGCAAGGUUGUCAUGCUAGGUCUGCGUGAUACAAAAAUCUGUAUUGCGCGAACAGCAGAAGACGCUUACUUUGGGGCUCCUGAGCAUGGCAUUUCUCGUGCAGAAUGGGCAUUAGGAGCGGCUUCGUCAAAACUUGUGAUGCUACAGUUCGCAUUCCAGACCUUCUGGGCCAUGCGAAACAUGCAUGACACAUCCUGUAUUCCUCCAGGCCCAGACAUAUUUGCAUUUGAUACCGAUCCAGGUGCAAGUCCUGCGAGUGUCUGCAAGUGAUUGAGAAGGGCACCGUGCGCGUGGGCGUGCCGAUGUUUAUGCAGGGCCGCACGCUCACCGCCUGGUUCCAUCCGCACUGCUUUUUCGACGGGCUUUCCGUGGAGGUGGUGCAGCGCAACGGGGCGGGGAUGUGCAAGCACACCAGGAAAAAGUUCGAGAAGGGUGACUUCCGCGCAAAGGUCUGCUGUGGAAACGCGAAAUUUGGGCUCAGUCUGCAGGUAGGAUUACUGAAACCGCGGGUGGUGCUGGAAGAUUUUUUGUCUUGGUUUUCGAAAAGAUAAAGAAUAAGAAUAAGAAAGUACACGGAUGAUCGUGCAUUAGGUCGCUGUUGUUACUUUGUGGCACGAAGAAGAACAUGCAUCACAAGCUCAAGCAUUCUAGAAUUGAUCGGAUAAAAUCAACAUCUUCGCAGGCCGCCCGCGAGUUGUUCCAGCCGGUGUUGGAAAGCCUCACGGAAAAUAUGAGAGAGCACAUCAACUCCUCGUCCCCCUGAUUUGUCAUGCAAAAUGCCGAAUCCAGCUCUUGCCUUUAAGUACUCUGCGCAUGACAAGUUUUGGACUCCCAAACAUGACAACAAUCCAUGUCCGGAUUUGUCAUGCAAAAGCCACCGGGACGUCCAGCCCGUAGCUCUCCGAUGUCAUGCAAAGGCACCAUUUGUGGCAUGGCUUCUGUUGCUGCUCAUGCUUUAGGAAGGGGGGUUGUGCACUGUCAUAGAAAACAAGAAGCGUUUCCGGGACAUCGCCGGCGUAGAGACGCUUCCUGCGGAUUUGCAAGCGCAGUUUCUCGGCAGUGACGAUGGAAUUUUGGCGUCGAAGAAGAAAAUAACCAGUGCCGCAGAUGCGGAACAAAUAAAAGGAGGGAAAACAAAGCCUGCUGCGAAAACGAAGAAGGCGGCAAAACCUCCAAAACAGGCUGCCGGCGGCAAGAAAAUAAAUGCACCUUUUGGAGAAGGGUCAAAGUCGAAAAAAUGAACGAACUGCGUGCAGCAAAAAAGUUUUUGUAAACUCCCCCGGAUUUUUUCAUUUUCAGCUUUUGCUGUUUGUGACUCACCAUCAACAAACAGAGUGUAGAGCAACAUAAGUAUCAGCUUGUCCGUCAUUUCUGAACAAGUACUUGAUUGUUUGAUGUGCAAGGAGUCGUGUGCAGAUAUCGAUGUAUUACGGAGGUGCGCCUCCAAAAGGAAGGUCAAUGUUGAUAAAAGGAAGAUGCUUCUCGCGGGUCUUGCUGUGUCGAUAUUCUAUGAGUUCUGCUCGUCGUUCCGAAAAUAAAUCUCGAGGAAAUAUACCAUGUCAUCAAUCAUAUUCCCUCAAAAUAAUCGUUGCGCAGGGAUCAAGCUCGCUUAUUCGCAUCCGUUUUGCUAAGCACAUUUUCUGCAGGUAGUUUCUUUCGAACUUUUAUUUGUUGCGGAGGGACGUGAAGGACGCGCCCAACCGUGUCAAGACCAUAUCAGAUUUGCGGUCACAGCUGUUUUUCUUUGCGGUGUACCACUACAAAGCAGAGCGCAAUCUGUUUUACAACCUGAUAUUGAAGUUUUUUGCUACUUCUAGCCACCAAGAAGACAGGAUUUGAAUCUGUCUCGAGUUUUCAU